AUGAGUGCGAAAUUGUGCAGUUUAAGUUUUCUGUUGGCGCUAACGCUACAAAUAUCGCUUGUGCUCGGCAAGCAUUUGGUCGACAAACCUUCUUUUCUAAAUCCCUGUGAUUUCAAUGACAACAACUUAAAUACGUGCUUUGCGUCGAAUUUCCAAGUAUUAUUCCGCGAAUGGAAGGAUGGCAUUCCUGGCUUAAAGUCUUUGGGUCCUUUGGAGCCGCUAUCGAUUAAGCGCCUUAAGAUAAAUCAAAGUGGUGCACUACAAAUUAAUGCCGACAUAGAAAAUUUGCUCGUGAACGGUGCCAGUGGCGCGAAAGUGGUGGAAGCAUCUGUCGACAAAAGUACUUUAGAUGUAUUUGCCAAAAUUGAAAUACCCCAGUUGCAUGCUACCGGCAAUUACAAGGUUAAAGGCUCCGUUUUGGGUCUGAACCUCAACGGACAGGGCACAGCAAGCUUCGUAGCAAAGAACAUUGUCUUGGCUUUUAACAUGAAAACCAGGGUGCGCCGCGAAGGUGAUUUAGUCUUCUCUGAAAUCUUAGACCUUAAGGCGAAAAUCCGUAAUAUCGGCGAUUUCCACAUCGAUGUGAAGAAUUUGUUUGGUGGCCAGCGCGACAUUGAAGACACCGCCAAUGAUCUAUUCAAUCAAAACUGGCGUGAAUUAUAUGGCACUCUAGCGCCUACAUUAGAGCAAACGCUGGAAUUGGUGUUGAAGGAUCGCUUCACGAAAAUCUAUUCCUUUGUGCCCGCCAAUUUCUUUAUCACCAAUUUGCCUUGA